AUGCCUUUUCCCUUUGGCAAGUCCCACAAGUCACCUGCGGACAUCGUCAAGAACCUUAAGGACGGCAUGACCGUGCUGGAGAAGCACGACAUCUCCGAUAAAAAGGCAGAGAAGGCUGCAGAGGAGGUGUCGAAGAGCCUGGUGGCGAUGAAGGAGAUCCUGUAUGGGACAAACGAGAAGGAGCCGCAGACAGAAGCGGUGGCACAGCUGGCCCAGGAGCUCUACAACAGCGGCCUGCUCAGCACCCUGAUCGCCGACCUGCAGCUCAUCGACUUCGAGGGUAAAAAGGAUGUAGCCCAGAUCUUCAACAACAUCCUGAGGCGCCAGAUUGGCACUCGAACACCUACAGUAGAGUACCUGUGUACCCAGCAAAACAUCCUUUUCAUGCUGCUGAAGGGGUACGAGUCUCCGGACAUCGCCCUGAACUGCGGCAUCAUGCUGAGGGAAUGCAUCAGACACGAGCCGCUGGCCAAGAUCACGCUGUGGUCGGAGCAGUUCUACGACUUCUUCAGAUACGUGGAGAUGUCCACGUUCGACAUCGCCUCCGAUGCAUUUGCCACUUUCAAAGACCUCCUCACAAGACACAAGCUACUGAGUGCUGAGUUUCUGGAGCAGCAUUAUGACAGAUUUUUCAGUGAAUACGAAAAGUUACUACACUCAGAAAACUAUGUGACUAAACGGCAGUCCCUCAAGUUGCUCGGGGAGUUGCUUCUCGACAGGCACAAUUUCACCAUAAUGACGAAAUACAUCAGCAAGCCGGAGAAUCUCAAGCUAAUGAUGAAUCUGCUGCGGGACAAGAGCCGCAACAUCCAGUUUGAGGCUUUCCAUGUGUUUAAGGUGUUUGUGGCCAACCCCAACAAGACGCAGCCCAUCCUGGACAUCCUGCUGAAGAACCAGGCCAAACUCAUCGAGUUUCUCAGCAAGUUCCAGAACGAUAGAACGGAGGACGAACAGUUCAACGACGAAAAGACUUACUUAAUCAAACAGAUCAGGGACCUGAAGAGGCCCGCCCCGCAGGAGGCCUGAGGGGGCGAGCGGCGGGGCGAGGACGGAGCCGCCAGGAGCUGGUCUGGAAAACAUCCAGACGGCGUCUGCUUAACGGAGCCAUCGGCAGCAGCUGCUCUGGUUUCUGAACAAAAACUGAGGAACAAAAACAAAACCAACCCACGUCAGCUCACCAGGAAGUCGCCAGCUCUUCUGCCCCUCAGAACAUUUAAGAUUUUUUUGUUUUUAUCCUGUCUUUCAAAAGAUGUCAGAAAAUACUAGUAGAUGCUGCUGCUGCUGAUUUAUUAUGUUGCCACAACAGUUCAUCACACAUAAAGAACAAAUCCACACAUUCAAACUAAGGCGGGCUUUCUGAGAGGUGCGACAAUAAUCAAACAGAUACGCACACAAGCAAAUAAUAAUAAUAAUAAUAAUAAUAAUAAUACAUGCGGCCACAAGCCGCCACUGAAGACAUUGGGAUAAACGGUACGAACAAGAGCUUCAGAACUAUUGUUGCAUGCCUUGAAAUACGACAGAUCCGUGACUGGCGCUGGUGCUGCAGCCUCUGGCCGCCGCAUUCAGAUUCCUGCGCAUCCCAGCGGCCGCUUUGGUUUGCAUCUUGGCCUUCAUCUAACAGAGCAACCAGAUGCCAUCAGAACCAUUUAUUACCUCCUGUGCGCUUUAUGACACAGCGCUUGAAGCACAGCUGAGGAGGGAGGGUUGUAGGGUAUAAAGUAGUUAAAGCCCGUGAUUUGGGUCAUUUUUAUUUUUUAAUUAUCUGGGACAGGGUGAUCGUGUACAUAUGCCUUUUUUUGCUU